GUUUGAUAUAGGCUGUACUGCUCUCUGUACGUGUGUGAAUCCAGGAGAGAUUGACUGCGACAACACCGUACAGUGUCAUGAGCAUGGAGAAUGUUACAUCAUGCCGAUGGUUCAAGUAACUGUAGAUGUGCAGCAGAUUCAAGGGAUCAGGAACAGACUGUUAUGAUGAGGACGAGUGCUCUUGAGUCAGCAUAAGUGUGAUCAGUUUGCCGCUGUGUGAAUCAGCACGGUGGCUAUGACUGUGUAUGUGAAUCAGGAUUCACUGGGGAUGGAUUUACCUGUGAAGAUGUAAAUGAAUGCUUGGACGGAACAGACUUGUGUUCACCGUUUGCUGAGUGUAGGAAUGAUGAAGGAUCAUAUGUUUGUGUAUGCUUGGAAGGAUACACUGGAGAUGGCAGAGUGUGCACAGAGAACAAACCCAAGGAGCCAGAGAAGCCUGUGGAGUGCUCAGUCUUCCAGAAGGAGCUGUGUGUGGAAUCUGCUGACUGUGUCCUCCUACCUGACGAGUCAUCAGCCUGUGUUUGUCCUGAGGGAGCCAUGGGAGAUGGGUUCAAGGGAGAGGAUGCCACAGGGUGUAGAGUCCCUGCAUGUCCCCCUGGGUUCAUCAAGCAUCUAGAUGGGUGCUAUUCAUUCAAAGAAACUCCAAAAACAUUUAGUGAUGCGAGAAAACAGUGCCAGUCUGAGGGAGGUGACUUGGCUUCCCUCAUUAAUGAUCGUGACAUAGAGUUUGUCACACAGCAGAUGAUAUUACUUGGACUGACAGGCCAGUUUUGGAUUGGAUACACAGAUGCUAAAAUGGAUGGUAUUUAUGUGUGGGUGGAUGAUUCAGCAUCUGACUUCCAAAACUGGGCAGAAGGAGAGCCUAAGGAGGAAGGCAAAGCAACCAGGGAUUGCGUUGCUAUGGGAGACACAUCUGAGUACAAGUUCACAACACACAGUUGUGAACUCCAAGCUAACUUCGUCUGUCGAAAACCGCUCCAGCUAACGGCAUGUCCGCGGGGAUGGUACAUGUACGAAGGAGAGUGUUACCACUAUUUCCAGUUCGAGCUGAGCUUUAUUGAAGCAUACCUCACUUGUAUUGUACAUGCAGCGGACCUCAGUUCUAUCUUAUCUGAGGAUGAAGAAGACUUCAUCUAUGAGGACUUGUUGGCUGACGUGAACGGGACCGCCAAGAUGUGGAUUGGAGCUGUACAAGGCUUCCCAGAUUCAUCUGCUGGAACCUUUGCAUGGACAGAUGGAGAGCAACUUGAUUACACCAACUGGGCAGAGGGUCAGCCACUGUAUCAGGGCUCACCCAGAUGUGUGUUUCUGAAUGAGAAAAUGGAGUGGAACGCUGUUGUCUGUGACACCAAGUACAACUAUAUCUGCAAGCGCAACCAAAAAGUGAAGGAACGCUGUCCUGAGGGCUCAAUCAGAAUAGGACUGAACUGUUAUAAGGUCAUACUGAAACCUGAACCCCAGCCAGACGCAGAAGAAGAUUGUAGGAAAAUGGGCGGAGGACUGGUCAGCAUUCACUCUCAGUAUGAACAGUAUGUUAUCGGCCGGUACCUUGAUAGCCAGACAGAAAUACUAAACCCAUGGAUAGGAUUUGUGGAAAGAGGUGUUGAUGGGGAAUACAGCUGGUCUGAUAAGUCUGAGGUGAACUACAAAAAUUGGGGUAAUAAACAACCCAGUGACAAAGUGGACAAGAAUAAUUGUGUGCUUAUGGUGAAGCAUGACAAUUACCAGUGGAAUGAUCAGAACUGUGAACAAGAACUGCCCUAUCUGUGCGAGUACCGAAACACUCCCUGUGUAUUUGAUGAUGUUUGCCAUGAAAAUGCUCAAUGCAGUUUUGGACAGUGCCGCUGCAAGAAGGGAUUCAUGGGAGAUGGCAGAGAUGCCUGUGCAGACAUUGAUGAGUGUAGUGAGGGUGACCCAUGCCCAGAUGGAGCCAAAUGUGUGAAUCGUGAUGGGGGGUACGAGUGUGAAUGUCAACCAGGUUUUGUCAGAUCGGGAGACCAGUGUAUAAGUCUGACAAAGUGUAAGACGGAUGCUGAUUGUAAUACCCUGGGCGAAUGUAAGAACGGCAACUGUCAGUGUCAGAAGGGCUACAAGGGAGAUGGCAAACAAACAUGUGAAGAUGUAAAUGAGUGUGAAGAGGAGACAUCUGAGUGUAAUCCCAAUGCUGAUUGUCAGAACAAACGAGGUGGCUAUGAUUGUGUCUGUAAGGAUGGCUACAUGGGAGAUGGCAUUGCCUGUAUAGGGUUACCACGUAACUGUGAUGAGGUGAGACUACAGAACCCAGAGUCUAAGAGUGGCUCCUACAAAAUAGACCCUGAUGGACCUGGAGGCAUACCACCAUUUACUGUUGCCUGUGUGAUCAGACCAGACAUAGGAAUUACUGUCAUCCCAAGUAACUCUCAGAGUCCGAAAGCUGUGAAGUCUCCAGAACCUGAGAAGAAAGUAGUUAAAUACCGCAAAACUGAUGAGCAGAUAGCAGCUGUGAUAGAUGUGUCAGAGUUCUGCUACCAGAAUGUCUUGUACAAGUGUAGUAAUGGAGCCAAACUACAAGGUGUGGGAAGCUGGACCAAUAAGGAUAAUGCUGACAAACCCUUUGACAAGUGUUACUGUGGGAUGCUGGGUACAUGCGCCAAUCCAGGCAGCCAGUGUAACUGUGACGGAACUCCAAUGAGAGAUCAGGUGGAUGAGACUAAGAUCAUUGACAAGACUCAGCUGCCUGUGAAAGCCUUUACUGUUGGUGGGGUGAAUAAAGGACAGAAGGCAGCGUCCUCUGUGGGACCUCUCAUGUGUGGACCCAAACAGUUUGAUAUUCCCCUUGAUUGUGACGAUGCUCUCAGGAAUUAUGGUCAGAAGAGAAAUGGUCCUCAGCUAAUUGAUGUGGAUGGCCCAGAUGGAGAUGAGGCUGGAAACCUGGAACCUUUUGUGGCUGAUUGUGAUAUGACAUCUUAUCCCAGCACAGGGGUCACCAUCAUCCCCAAUACGCUUCCAGAGGAGAAUAAACCAGAUACACCUGGUGAAAUUCCUGUAGAGUAUCCUGUGAAACCAGAGGCAGUUAAAAAACUGACCGAAACUUCCAAGUUCUGUUCUCAGGAAAUGUCUUACACAUGCACGAACUCUGGUUUAAUGGGCAAAGACAGUUUCUGGUCAGGCACAGAUAAGAAGAAGAGAACAUACUGGGCUGGUGGCCUGGGACAGGAGAAGAUGUGUGGGUGUGGGGUGACAAAGUCAUGCGAGGACCCCAAGGUCAACUGUAACUGUGACAUUGCUGAUGGCAAAGAGAGGAAAGAUUUUGGUCUGAUCAUCAACAAAGCUGAUCUUCCUGUGGGAUCCGUGACUCUGAAGGAGGUAGGAGGAGACAAGAAAGGCUCAUUGUCCGUGGGGCCUCUGAUGUGUGGACAGAACCAAUUUGGUAUUGAGCCUACGUGUCAGCAGUAUAGAGAGAAGGGCUACACGGAUGACUACACCUACCUCAUUGACCCAGACGGACCGCCAAGGAGAGCUGAUGAGCCAAUAGUUUCCACUGACAGUGGAGGUGGGAAUAAUUUGGCCCCGUUCCCUGUUAUUUGUGAAAUGAUAGAUGACAAGCCUGUUGGAAUCACCACUGUGGGACAUGACUCUGAGAAACCGACCAAAGUUGAUGAUGCUGAAGAGCCAGGAUCUUACACCAAACCUGUGACUUACAAUGAGGCCAGUCCUGAGCAGUUGGCAGCUUUGGCAGAUCACUCCUCGUACUGUACGCAGGAGAUGGCUUACAAGUGUAAACAGGCGGUCAUACACAACAUAGAUGACCCAAAGAACCCCAUUGCCUACUGGAUAGGAAGAGAUGGAAAGAAGCUGCAGUACUUUGCAGGAGUCGGUGGUUCCAUGUGCCAGUGUGGUAUUGAAGGGAAUUGUGAAGGGAAGGAUGUUGUGUGUAACUGUGAUGCUGAUCUCCCCAAGGAAGUGGUUGACAAGGGUUUUCUGUCAAACAAAGAUGAUCUACCUGUACUGAAACUGGCGUUCGGGGACACAGGUGACGAUGCCAAUGAUUUAGGGGAGCAUACUCUUGGAAAACUUAGGUGUUUUGAGGUGUUUGAGACUUGCUACCACAUGCAGCAGUUCUACAAGAAGCGCCCUCACAAUGACAUGCCACCCAAUGGAAGGUACAUGAUUGACCCUGACGGCCCGCAAGGACAGGAUCCCUUUGAAGUCUAUUGCCACUUCCCAAGAACCAUUGUAGACAUAGAAGCUGGAAACUACUAUGCUUUGCCGGAUGUUCCUGAAAACCGUGGACCAGGGGCUCAGUGUUUCAAACCACAGUAUGCCAAUGCUAACAAAGAACAGUUGGAGGCAUUGACAGAGAAAUCUGGAUUCUGCAGACAGUUUGGAAAGUUCACAUGUCAGCAUGCGUCGCUAACUAAGAAUGCUUUCUGGAAGUCCAGUAAUGGAGAGAAACAGCAAGGCUGGGCUGGUAAUGCUGGAGGCGACAAAUGUGCAUGUGGAGAAGUGGGCAAAUGUCAGGGAGGUGGAGCCUGUAACUGUGACAUUAGUGACCAAGAUCGUAGACAGGACCAGGGCCUCUUCAUCGAAAAGAAGUUGCUUCCUGUCUCAGAAAUCUGCUUUGGCCUGGAUGAGAAGGAUGUCCCAGAGUCAGAGACACGAUUUGCAGAGUACUUUUUGGGAUCCCUUGAGUGCAGCAACACACAGUUUGGUAUACCCAAGGACUGUCAAGACUUGAGAAACUCCAAGACUCCUGGGGAACCCAUUUUCAGUGAGCCUUGGUUGAUCGAUCCUGACCAGCUAGGACCUCUGCCACCAUUCCCUGUUUACUGUGAAAUGCUAAAAGGACCCCCUAUUGGCAUAACAGUAAUAGAGCCCAAGGCUGAAAAACCAGAGGAAAUCCCAGCUGCAGGCAAAGACAUUCCUGUAGAGUAUAAGUCGUCCACCACAGAGCAGCUGAGAGCCCUGACGGAGGUCUCAGAAUACUGCACCCAGGAAAUGAGUUACAUCUGCAAAGACGCAGCUCUCAAAUUGGGAGGAGAGUUUGGGGCCUACUCUAGAGAGGGUCAAGCUUUACCAUACUGGGCUGGAAACUCAGGAGGUAAAGAUGGCUGUAAGGGUGGUAAGUGCCAAUGUGACAAGACUGAUGGGAAGGAAUAUACCGAUGGUGGCAGCUUGCUGGACAAGAAAGUCCUCCCAAUAUCCAGAAUUAACAUCGCGGCAACACAGAAGGGGACUCGUAAACUCAAAGUAGAGGAUCUACGCUGUUUUGCUUUGUUCAAAACCUGUCAUGAAAUCAAGGUGGCUGGCCAGGACAAGAAUCCAAACUGGGAUGGUCGCUACGGAAUUGAUCCUGAUGGCCCCGGUGGUGUCGAGCCUUUCUCUGUGGACUGUGACUUCAGAACCAACCCAGAGAUUGGAAUUACUGAGAUACCAUCCGAUGCUGAAGAGGACAUACCUGUUGGGGAAAAAGCAUUGAAACAACCUGUCAGUUAUAAUGAAGUUACCCCUGAACAAGCUCAUGAGCUGGCACAGGCUUCAGAAUUCUGUCUGCAGGGUAUGAAAUACAAGUGUAAGAAGGCUGCCCUCAUGGGAGCUGGCGGAGCUUUCCUGGGCUAUGAUGGAAAAGAGUCGACCAAGUUUGCUGGGGCUGACAAUGGGGACAAGGACGGUUGUGCCUGUGUGGUACUGGGUACCUGCCCUGACAAGAAAAAGUGCAGGUGUGACGCUGUGGGCCCCAUGGAAGCAGAGGAAGGAGACUUUGUGACAAACAGAGACAUCUUACCUGUCACUGGUGUAAAAUCUGACGGAGUGACUGAGGAAGGAGCAGAGGCUUCCUUCUCAGUGGGCAACCUCAGGUGUGGACCCAAGCCAUUCGAUCUGCCUGAGGAUUGCCAGCAGGCUCUAGACUGGGGUUACAAGACAGGAGAAGCCCUGAUCUGGCCAGGCAGGGAAGUAGACCCCUUCCUGGUUAUGUGUGACAUGGAUACCAAUCCUGGCAAAGGUAUUACCAUUGUACCAACUAAUGUGGAGGAUGCACCUGUUAUUGGGGUGACUGACAUCCCUGUGAAAUAUGACGGAGCCAGUCCAGAACAGAUCAAAGCUCUCGUGGACGAGUCAGAAAAGUGUCUGUUACCCAUGAAGUAUGACUGCUCAGCUACCAAGUUUUCGAAUGCGUUUUCGAUGGUGACCCCAGAGAAGGAGGAUGUGAAGUUCUUUGCUGCAGGUCGCAAUAGUGGGAUGUGUAACUGUGGAGAUCAGAAGAGAUGCUGGGGGCGAUGAUGGCCGGAAGGAAAUGGAGAAGAGGAACUGUAACUGUGAUGUGGGAGACACCAAGUGGAGGAAGGAUGCGGGUAUCUUUGGUCUACAGGGGGAGAUGCCGGUCAAGUCUAUCAAGUUCCAGUUACAGGGUGGUGUUACCGCCCAGGGCAAACUGACACUAG